CAUGGAGAAAGUAGGAAGCUCUGGGCAUGAUCUUCAAGUCGGUGCCACUGAGCUACUUAAAGCUCAAGCCCACAUUUGGAACCAAAUCUUCAACUUCAUCAACUCCAUGUCCCUCAAAUGUGCCAUUCAAUUAGGUAUACCGGAUGCCAUCCAUAGUCAUGGCAAACCCAUGACGCUUUCCCAACUUAUAUCCGCCUUGCCAAUCCACCAAAACAAAAAGCUUGAUUCUCAUUUGAUCUACCGCCUCAUGCGCAUCUUGGUCAACUCCAGCUUCUUUUCUCUUCAAGAAGUCGUCGGGGAAACUGACCAAUUGGAAGAUGGUUACGUCCUCACAAAUUCUUCCAAAUUGCUUGUUAGGGACAAUCCCUUCAGUCUCACACCCAUCUUGCUUACCGUGCUUGACCCUAUUAUGACUAAGCCUUGGCAUUCUAUUAGCACUUGGCUCCAAAGUGAUGACCCUACUCCAUUUGCCACAACAAAUGGGAUGGGAUUUUGGGACUAUACUGUGCGUGAUCCUAGGUACGGAAAUUUGUUCAAUGAGGCGAUGGCUAGUGAUGCGCGAUUGGUCGUGAGUGUGCUGUUCGAUAAGUGCAUAUCGGUGUUUGAGGGAUUGGAAUCCUUGGUUGAUCUUGCAGGAGGCACUGGGACGGUGGGCAAGGCCAUUGCGGAUGCAUUUCCGCACAUAGAGUGCACUGUCUUUGAUCUACCUCACGUUAUUGCUCAUUUGCAGGGAUGUAAGAACUUGAAAUUUGUUGGUGGGGACAUGUUUCAUGAUGAAGUUCCUCCAGCAGAUGCAAUUUUCAUGAAGUGGAUAUUGCAUGACUGGAGUGACGAAGAUUGUGUGAAGUUACUUGAGGGAUGCAAAAAGGCAAUUACAUGCAAAGGCAACUUCAAGAAAAGGAAUAAGGUGAUUAUAGUAGACAUGAUCGUUAUGGAGAACCAAAAGAGUAAGGAUAUUAUUGAUCAUGUUCAUGAUGAUCGGUCGUACGAAACCCUACUCUUCUUUGAUAUGAUUGAGAUGAUAUUUCUCCCUGGCACCCGAGAUAGGACAGAGAAAGAGUGGGCUAAGCUCUUUUCUAAUGCAGGUUUUACUACUUACAAGAUAACUCCCCUUUCGGGUGUUAGAUCUCUCAUUGAAGUUUUUCCAUAA